AGAAAUUGAUACAAGAAGAAAAAUAUAAGGAGUUUCUUAUCCAAUAGCAAAGUUCAAAAUUUUGUCGUAGAUCCAGAUCUCUCUGAGUUCCAAAGAUUUCAACAUGAAACCGUUUAAGAACGUCAAUAUUAUUAAGCCUGACACACAAUCGUGUCAGUAAGUAUUGGCCGUGAUAUGAGGCUGUUAAAGGCGAGUUAACAACGAACCCCACGGACGAAUUACACCUAUGGGCACAGGGGACAGUCGAUCCAAAUGCUGUGGAAGCGCGAACUAGGGGCACCGAAGAAAUAAAUCAGGGUACCGAUUGAAAUUUAAUGAGGAACGUGGAGCACAGGUGUGCGUCCGCUCCUAAACGCAUACGAUCAGCCUCCUGCACCCUCUCACACCCUCCUGUCGGCCAGCUCUUGGCUCGCUGUUAAAAGCUACAUUCCAUCGACCAAACAACCAGUUCUGAAUCGGUUUCGAAUUCUCGAUGACUCAUGAAUCUUCGAUCGCACGGAUCUACCUAGAAGUCUGUAUCCCGCGGGGAAGAAAGCGAAAUCAGCAACCAAAUCGCUUUAUUCGGAUCGAUGAAAACGCAAAUGCCUUUGACUGAAUCUGGAGGUGGCAUGAAAGGGACACUUUGUUUGGAACAUACGAAACACUACAAACACUACUCAACUAAUAGAAAGAUUUUACAUGAAGUAACCACUGAAGAACUGUGACCGUUUUCAAUGUUAAAAUGGCAGAACAUUAUCAAUAAAAUCAUAUACCGGGAAUCGGAGGCUGAGCUUGAAGCUAACCGGAAACGAAAGUGGCAAGUUACCCGGCGAAGGAACAACGACGCGUGCAGAGGAAAAGAUCAUGAAAAGGAGGAUGCCAUGUGCCAGAAAUAGUGAGUGCGUGUGAGUGGCGUGCGUGUACGUGAGUGGCUUCGGUCCUUCGACCCUCGAGGACGUACCACCAGCCGAGGACACGAUGAUGAUCCCGAUGAUACGCACUGCUAUCCUCCUCUACGUCUUCGUUCACCUCGAUGCCGCUGCGAACACCAUCACUAUGGCCAAGGAGGAGUGCAGAAAAAGGAUAGCGGAGUGCACAAUGAGCGACGGUGCAAGCACACCGGUAUGUGGGAGCGACGGUGUUACGUAUUCGAGUCAGUGUCAGGUCAUUUCGAAGCAGUGUCAAGGCAUGUCUAUUCUUAUCAAACACACUGGCCCUUGUCCAGAGACACCAGCGUGCUUCUCCGCAAGACUGACCGCCAGGCCGGGUGCACGACCAGUCUGUCGUCCGGAUGGCACUUACGCACCGGUGCAAUGUCACGAGGAAACCGGGUAUUGUUGGUGCGUGACGCCGCAGGGCAGACCACUGCCCGACACCUCGGUAAGACACCAAAGACCAAGAUGUUUGAAACCCGGUCCCAGAUCUGCUGCUUCCACCAGGAGCGGCCAAAGGAGGCGCUCGCCGAACUGGAAGCAGCGAAGGCAGUACAACAGCAAACACAGGAAUACGUGCGAUCGCGCUGAGAAAUCCAAGUUUAACGGGAACCUGAUCGAGAACUUCAAAAUCGAGUACAGACGGACCAAUAUCUCUGCCGAUGGUGACAAAAACGUGGAACGCGUGUUGUCGUGGAAGUUCGUGACGCUGGACAAAAACGAGGAUGGAUAUCUGGACAGGGCAGAGUACAAAGAGCUGAGGAGACUAGCGAAGAAGGCGGUAAGGCCGAAGAAAUGUGCUCGCACGUUUGCCCGCACGUGCGACCUAAAUCGAGAUUUGAAACUCUCCAGGCAAGAAUGGGGUGCCUGCCUUGCGAACGACUUCACUCUACGUUUGUUCUUGUCGCUGAACCCCGCAGACGAGCGCCCCGAGGUCCCUGAGGCCCAGAGGACCCGGGCCACGGACCAAGUGUUGAAAGGCAAUCCUGCCCCAGUACAUUCGCGACCAGCGUUCAACGAUGAUCAAAUGGACACUAAAGAAGAUAGCGAUGCAAACGAUUGUUUAACGGAUAGACGAUCCGUGCUGGAGGACGUGAGGCAACACUCGCAAGAGAAAUUUUACGUGCCUGAAUGCACUCCUGAUGGUAGAUAUCAUCGAGUGCAAUGUUAUUCAGGCUACUGUUGGUGUGUCUAUCAAGACACCGGUAAACCAAUUCCCGGAACGUCAUCGAAAGAUCGUACUCCGAAUUGUAAUCCUGUACCUACACCGAGCAGACCCAUGAAAGGUUGUCCAGAACAAAAGAAACAGCUGUUCUUACGAGAUUUAAUGGAUCUAAUGCAGAAAAAGAUGAAGGCGUCCGGAACGGACUCGGACGAGACGACGGCCAAGUGGCAGGCUUCGAAAGAGGAACAAAUAGCGACUUGGCAUUUUGUUAUGCUUGAUAAAAACAAGAAUAAGGUUUUAGAGAGAAAGGAAUGGAAAAGUUUCCGCACAAUGGUAGCAAAUAAUAGGCAGCUUCAAAGAUGUGGCAAGAGAUUGCCUAAAUACUGUGAUAUCAACAAUGACAGAAGGAUAAGUAUGACAGAGUGGCUUAGUUGUCUAAAUGCUCAACGACCCACCACAUCUGACAGUACGGAGAAAGCAUCAACGAGUAAGCCGAAAAGAAUGGGCCCGAAUCCUUUGGAACAGCUUUUAAAGAACGACGAUGAUUAAGAAUAUAUGUGAUAUAAAUGUGUGUUCGUCAUUUCAUCAAUACAUUAUUGCAGUGACCGUUCAUUUAGCACGUCGAUUGUAACAAGAGAAAUGGAAUAUUUAAAACGAAACAUGUUGCCUGUGUUAAAAGAAUUUUUAUUCAUAUUUUUAUAGCCGGUGAUAAAUACCACUGUCGCGUCAUUUAUUUUUAAUAUAAAUCAUAUUUAUCUGUGCCUUACAGAUAUCGAUUAGUACGAUAGUUUAUUUUAUCGUAGUCGUAAGAAUAAAAAGUAACAAAGUAUUACGGGCAUACACAAUCAUGUACAUAUUGAAUUUUUUAUUUAGGUGCUACGCACGACACUGCUUUCUCAUGACAAUAUGAUAAUGCAGACGUGAAAUUGGAUGUACGAUUGCUAAACGAGUUAUCGAAUUUACUAAUUAUUUCACUUUGGUUGCAUGAGUACUACAGUUAUUAAAUUUAGAUUUUUAGUGAAUUUAGA